GUGCGAGGCGCGCGGCGCCCUCCCCGCCCCGUCAAGAUGGCGUACGUGAGGAAGGCGGUGGCGGCGGCGGUGCGGGCGGUGAUGGCGGCGACAGCAGGGUUCUUCCGCAAAGGGCGAACUCCGGGAGCAAGAGCUUCGGCGGGGUCGGCGGGGUCGCGGCCUUCGACCCCGAAUGUGCCGGGAGCUCUGUGGACCUUGGGCCGACUCAAUCACGUCGCCGUCGCGGUCCCCGAUUUGGAGCGGGCCAGGUCGUUUUACGGGGAUACGUUAGGGGCCCGGGUCGGCGAAGCGGCCCCGCUCCCCGAACACGGUGUCUCCGUUGUCUUCGUGGAGCUGGGAAACACCAAGCUGGAACUACUGCAUCCCCUAGGAGAGGACAGUCCAAUUGCGGGCUUUCUGCAGAAAAAUAAGGUUGGAGGAAUGCACCACAUCUGCAUCGAGGUGGAUGAUAUCGAAGGAGCUGUGGCAGAUCUGAAGGAAAAAAAGAUCCGUACGUUGAGCGAAGAGGCUAAAAUCGGAGCUCAUGGAAAACCAGUGAUUUUUCUCCACCCUAAAGACUGCGGUGGGGUUCUUGUGGAACUUGAGCAAGCGUGAAAAAUGGUUGCGAAGCCAAAGUAAAUUUAGUAGUCUCACUGAAUGGUAGCAGAAUUAUAAAAUGACUUUCAGACAUUGAUAAAAGUCUCUUAAAAGUGUUCUUCUGGAAGUGCUCCACUUGCAUUCUCUAGGUCAAAAGGAGAUUAAGAGAAAAACCAUGUUAUUCGGUUUGCACUGAUCUCUCAUCUUUGGUAAAUCAUCGGGCACCCAAAUCUUUGGGCUUGCAAACAAUCUGUACCACAAUAAACUAUUUUUCCUUAAA